AUGGCUGUACCCGAUGUUCAUCCGUGGCCUCAAACGGGACGUCCAAAUGUCCGACUUAUACAAGUGUCCCGACAGUGAUGUCUGCGAAAAACUUGUUCACAAACUCGAAAACAAUUGGAAUCGAGAGCUCACGAAAAAGAGCCCCAGUUUUAUGCGGGCGACGAUCAAGACAUUUAUCGGACCAUUAGUGCCAUCAUUUAUACUCAUUUUCAUCGGGGAGUGUGUCAUCGAUAACGGAAAGACCAUUUUGUUGGGAUAUGUGUUGCGGUUCUUCGCCAACCCGGAGACCGAGAGCUUGUGGAGGGCGAGUGUGUUCGCGGGCGCACUGGUGGCCAGUUCUCUCAUAUUCAUAUCCUUCUUACAUCCGGCCUUUUUCCUCGCCUACAGAGUGGCCGUUAAAAUAAGGGUCUGUUGGUGUGCUCUCAUGUACAAGAAGACAACAAUCGGACAGAUAUUGAACUUAAUGUCCAACGAUGUGAGCCGUUUGGAUGAUUACAGCCAAUUCUGUUCGUAUCUGAUUGUGGGCCCCAUAAACACCAUAAUCGGUGUUUACAUCUGUUGGCAAUAUAUCGGUUGGGUUUCACUCAUAGGACUCGCAAUACUCAUGUGUUUCAUACCAUUCAAUAGCCUUAUGGGUCGACUGUUUCUCAAAAUCAGGACAAGAGUGUCGGCACUUUCGGACAAUAGGAUACGUUUGAUGAAUGAAAUCAUAAAAGGCAUGCGAGUCAUCAAAAUGUACGCCUGGGAGAGACAUUUCAACGCACUUAUAUCGGAGGCCCGACGGUAAG